AUGUCAACUAAAAAAUUCGUAGGAAUAUUGGGAAAACCCCUUUCCAGUUCAUCAACAAACUCUAAGCCAGUAGCAGAAAUUACUGAAAUCCUCAUAAAAUCAGGCAUUAAACCCUUAAGAACCAAUUCAUCUUUGAUUUCCAAUCUCAACUCAAACUCAAUCAACCUCAUUCUUUCAAACCCAAAUCUCCCCAUUCAUUCGUAUACCCAAUUCUUCAGUUUUUUAAGAACAAACCCUUCCCUUUCUUCCCAAAAACCUAAUCUUCAAAUCCAUUUAACCUUCAUUCGCAGAUUGUACAAAGCUGGUAAAUUUGAAGAAAUCAAACAAGUAUUGAAAUUCAUUAUCUUUGAUGAUAAUCUUAGAUACUCAAUUGAAGAUAUGUUUUGUGUUGCUGGUUUUGAGUGUGAUGAUUCAAACUUCCUUGAAAAGCUGUCUGACUUGUUUUUCAGAGUUUGUGUAGAUAACAAAAGGUUUCAAGAGGCAAAUUCGGUUUUUGAUUAUAUGAAGAAAAUGGGAAUUAAGAUUGAUGAAAGGUCUUGUAUUUUGUAUUUGGUUGCAUUGAAGAAGUGUGAUAAAGGUGAUUCCUUUUUGGGUUUUUUUAGAAGAAUGGUUGAGUCUGGCGUGGAAAUUAGUGUUUAUUCUAUGACCAUUGUGAUUGAUGGAUUGUGUAGAAGAGGGGAAGUUGAGAAAGGUAGAGAGUUGAUGAAUGAAAUGGCUAGUAAAGGGGUUAAAGCUAAUGUUAUUACUUAUAAUACAAUUUUAAAUGCUUACGUUAAAAGGAAGGAUUUUGGGGUUGUUCCAGAGGUUUUGAGGUUGAUGGAGAGGGAGGAAGUGGAGUAUAAUGCUGCUACUUAUACCGUUUUGAUCGAGUACAUUGGAAAUAUUGGCAAGCAUGACGAAGUCGAGAAGGUGUUUGAUGAAAUGCGUGACAGAAGGGUGGAAGUGGAUGUUCAUCUUUACACUUCGAUGAUACGUUGGCACUGUUGUAGAGGGAGCAUUAAGAAAGCGGUUGCUUUGUUCGAUGAGUUGUCCGAGAAGGGCCUUGUUCCGAAUGCACAUGUUUAUGGGGCUUUGAUUAAUGGUCUCUGCAAGACCGGGCAGAUGGAGGCUGCGCAGCUGUUGCUGAACGAUAUGCAGAGUCGGGGAAUCUUGGUAAAUAGGGUGAUAGUUAAUACACUUCUACAUGGAUAUUGCAGAAAGGGGAUGAUGGAUGAUGCAUCGAGGUUAGUGUCUGCUCUGGAGAAUAAAGGUUUCGAGCCCGAUGUAUUUACUUACAACACAAUGGCUAGUGGGAUGAGUAGAUCGAAACGACAGGAGGAAGCGAAGAGAUGGUUGUUCGCCAUGGUAGAAAAGCGGUUGACGCUUAAUGCAGUCAACUUCACUACUCUGAUUCAUAUUCACUGCAAAGAAGGGAACAUCGUCGAGGCAAAGAAGUUGUUUCAACAGAUGCUGAGAAGGGGAGAGAGUCCGAAUAUUGUCACUUACAAUGCUCUCGCCGAUGGACAUAGCAAGAAAGGAGAGCUGAAAGAAGCAUAUAAGCUAAGGGAUGAGAUGGAAGGCACAGGGAUAAGUCCGGAUGUGUACACAUAAACAUCACUGGUGCACGGUGAAUGUGGUUUUGGGAAGGUAGAUGAAGCAAUGGAAGUGUUCAAUGCAAUGAGUGAGAAGGGCGUAGUUCCAAACGUAGCAACCUACACGGCAAUAAUUUCAGGGUUGUCCAAGAAUGGGAGAUCAGAUGAAGCUUUUAGGCUUUACAAUGAGAUGAUCAGUUUGGGGCAUGUGCCUGAUCAAAGAGUUUAUACCUCACUUGUCGGUAGCCUUCAUGCAAAUUAAGGCCGGUUCUUGUAUGCUACUUUACCUUG